GACCCGCCUCCCGCGAGCUGACUUCGCAGCCUGAGCCCGCGGCGGGGGUACGUGGACGCGGUUGCCUCGGGACCCAGGAGCCCUCCGGUCUGGCCGGCGGGGAAGGACUGAGGCCGUGGCCCACCCCGCCCGGCUCCCGCCUCUGCUGUCCGGGACCAAAAGAUGCGCUCCAGUGUGCCCCUGCCCCUGCCCCUGCCGCUGCUGCUGCUGCUGCUGCUAGCCCCAGGGCUUGGGGUGCAUGGCUGCCCCUCUGGCUGCCAGUGCAACCAGCCACAGACAGUAUUCUGCACUGCCCGCCAGGGGACCACGGUGCCCCGUGAUGUGCCCUCCAACACAGCAGGCCUGUACGUCUUUGCCAACGGCAUUACUACACUCGAACCAGGUACUUUUGCCAGCCUGCCAGGCUUGCAGCUCCUGGACCUAUCACAGAAUCAGAUCACCAGCCUGCCCAGUGGGGUCUUCCGGCCACUCUCCAACCUUAGCAACCUGGACCUCACUGCCAACAGGCUGCGUGAGAUCACCAACGAGACCUUCCGCGGCCUGCGGUGCCUGGAGCGCCUCUACCUGGGCAAGAACCGAAUCCACCACAUCCAGCCUGGUGCCUUUGAUGCACUUGACCGCCUCCUGGAACUCAAGCUGCAAGACAACGAGCUUCGGGCGCUGCCCCCGCUGCGCCUGCCGAGCCUGUUGCUGCUGGACCUCAGUCACAACAGCCUCCUGGCCCUGGAGCCGGGUGCCCUGGACACCGCCAAUGUAGAGGCUCUGCGGCUGGCCGGCCUGGGGCUACGGCAACUGGACGAGGGGCUCCUUGGCCGCCUGCGCAAUCUACACGACCUGGAUGUGUCAGACAACCAGCUGGAGUUCGUGCCACCUGCCAUCCGGGGUCUACAGGGACUGACACGCCUGCGGUUGGCUGGCAACACCCGCAUUGCCCAGCUGCGGCCCGAGGACCUGGCUGGCCUGGCAGCCCUGCAGGAGCUGGACCUGAGCAACUUGAGCCUGCAGGCCUUACCACAUGAGCUUUCGGGCCUCUUCCCGCGCCUGCGGCUCCUGGCAGCUGCCCGAAACCCUUUCAACUGUGUGUGCCCCCUGAGCUGGUUCAGCCCUUGGGUACGGGAGAACCGAGUGGCACUGGCCAGCCCGGAGGAGACGCGCUGCCACUUCCCGCCCAAGAAUGCUGGCAAGAUGCUCCUGGACCUCGACUAUGCCGACUUUGGUUGCCCAGCCACCACCACCACGGCUACAGUGCCCACCACGAGGUCCUUGGCAUGGGAACCCACACCCUUGUCUUCCAGCCCAGCCCCCACCUGGCAAAACCCCACGGAGCCUGCUGCCAAAGCCCCGAGCCUGCCACCUGCCACCCCACCCACUGUGGGAGCUGACCCUCAGCCCCAGGACUGCCCAGCAUCCAUCUGCCUCAAUGGGGGUACUUGCCACCGGGGGGCUAAGGGCCACCUAGCCUGCCAGUGCCCCGAUGGCUUCACUGGCCUGUACUGUGAGAGCCUGAUGAAGCAGGGGCUAUGGCCCUCCCCUACCCCAGCCACACUGAGGCCCCCAGGGCCCCUGCCCCUCGGGAUCGAGCCAAUAAGCCCCACCUCCCUGAGGGUAGGGCUGCAGCGCUACCUGCAGGGCAGUACUGUGCAGCUCAGGGGCCUCCGCCUCACCUACCGAAACCUGUCAGGCCCUGACAAGCGGCCGGUGACACUGCGGCUGCCCGCCUCACUUGCCGAGUACACGGUCACACAGCUUCGGCCCAAUGCCACCUACUCCAUCUGUGUCAGGCCCCUGGGGGCUGGGCGGAUGCCUGAGGGUGAGGAGGCCUGUGGAGAGGCCCGCACCCCCCCGGCUGUCCGGUCUAACCAUGCUCCGGUCACACAGGCCCGAGAGGGCAACCUGCCGCUCCUUAUUGCGCCGGCCCUGGCUGCCAUACUCCUGGCUGCCCUGGCUGCUGUAGGGGCAGCCUACUUCGUGCGGCGGGGGCGGGCCGCGGCAGCCGCAGCUCAGGGCAAAGGGCAGGUGGGGCCUGGGCCCCUAGAGCUGGAGGGGGUGAAGGCCCCCUUAGAACCAGGCCCCAUGGCAAGUGAGGGUGGUGGGGAGGCCCCACCUGGUGGGCCUGAGUGUGAGGUGCCACUCAUGGGCUACCCAGGGCCUGGGCUCAAAGGGCCCCUUCCCACUAAGCCCUACAUCUAAGCUGGGAGUGAUGGACUAUUGGGCUGGGCUCUCAGCUCUGCUGGGACUGAACAGCGCCCUCCUGCUAUAAGAUCAAGAAGAUCUCAGAUCCAUAAGAUGAGGACACAUCAGGGCAGGGGCUGUGUGAUUACACCAAGUCCCUGCCCUUCUCUGGACCUUGGUCUCCUCAUCUAAGAUGCUAGGACCCAGGUUUAGACCUCUAAGGACCCCCAGAGCCCAAGUGCCUCUGAGGAUGGCGCUGGCCCUGUCCUCUGCCAUGUGCAGCCUUGGGUGGAGCAGGGCGGCAGGUUCUGCCGUGUGCUGGUAACAGGCAUAGGGCUGCCAGGCUCUCAACCCAAGGAGAAUCGGGGGGUCAGUGAAGGAAGCCCCCAGAAAGAGAGAAGAGGGAGAGUGGGGGUAAGGAUGGGUAUGCAGCCCAGCCUUGGCCCCAGGGAGUGAAGUAACAAAUGAAACUGGAAAGAAAGACGCUUUAGGAACAAGUUUUGCUUUUGGUUUUUUUAAAAUAUAUUUAUAAGAGAUCCUUUCCCAUUUAUUCUGGGAAAAUAGUUUUCAAACACAGAGACAAGGACUUUGGUUUUUGUAAGACAAACGAUGAUAUGAAGGCUUUUUAUAAUAAAAAUAAAAAAAUAAAAUAAAAUGAGUGUAUCUUUGGCAUGACCCCAGGGCUCCUGGACUGCAUAGAGGGAGGGUAAGGGUAGGUGUAAAAGGGACAGCCCUCUGGGGAAGUGGGGCCAGGACCCCUCUUCCCAGUGGACACCAGGCCCUGGCCAGCAUUCCUUGGGCUUGGGAAGGCCAUGGUGGGUAGGGUGGCAUUCCACAAGUUCUAUCCUGGGCUGUGUCCACCCAGCUUCCACUGAGGUACCCAGUCCACCCUCCCAGUGGGGCAGCUUCCAACCUCAGUGAAGAAUAACAGGGCAGCCUUCACCUACCCAGCUGCAGUGCUCCUGAAAGAGGCUCAUGGCAGAUACAUGCCAAGAGGAUCUCCAAGGGCCCUUUCUCAGGGAAGGAUUGGACAGAUAGUCCAUGCCUGCCUUCCUCUGUGGAGGGGGUGACUUGAACUAUGUCCUGCCAAGCCCUCAUGAUGGUGCAGAUGGCACACACAGCUCACCCUCCCUACAGUCCUGUUGCCCCUCUGUAUGGGCUCUUGCUCCAGCUGCAGGAAGGAGCCUGAAGUGCAGGAGCCCUCUGGUGGGUGAGGAGGCUACAAGAGACUGUUAGGAGCUGGUGGCCAAGGAUCAGGAUCAGAGAUCUGAGUCUGACCUGUAGAGAACUGGUGGCUCUUCAAUGUCCCUUUACUCUCUGCAGUUGGAAUGUGCCUGACUUUCCAAAGCCCCGGAAGUGGGAGUGUUUUCCAGGAAGACCACAGGCAGGGGCAGGACCAGGGAUGAUGCUGGGAGCUUGGGGACAGUGAUGGAUGCAGAGCACCUUUUCCUAGUACUUCAGAUGGUGGGCCCUGGGGCCACAGAGAGGCCCUGCAGAUGCUGCAGCAAGGCUCCCCAAAGCCCCAUGCCUGUGCCCCUCUGUGGGCCGCAGCCCCUGGCUCCUAGCCUCACCCUGGCAAAAAGGAGGUGGCUUCAGUGAAGCCCGGGGAACAGGCCUGCGGCUUGGGGCGUUGAUGUCAGCGCUGCGUUAGGCCUGGCCACGCGAGGCUCUGGAUUCAAUUAGCGGCUGCGGAGGGCUCUGGCACGAGAAGGAAGGAGGUGAGCGAUGGGUCGCGGGGGCAGGGGAUGGUGGCGGCAGGCCUGGGUGGGGCCCCAUCUUUCUGAGCCAGCGGCGGCAGCCCAGGUGGAUUUCCUGUGGGCCUGGGUCUCAUUACUGGAAUGGCUACGCUGAGGCCUAGCUCCCCACCUCGGCAGCCCAGUCAAAGGGGCUAUUGUGGGCCUGUGGGCUGCUGCUGAACACGGUGGCUGCUGAAUAAAUGUUUUCCCUGAAAAGCCAAACCUGGCCUCAUGGGCCAGCAGGGGGUGGGUGGGACCUAAAGAAAGGGGGAUGGUGUGAGCCCUCCCAGAAAAAGCACUGGGGGAUGAAGGGAGGACCUGGGCUAAGUGGGGGUUGGGAGUGGGGAGGAGGUAAGCCAAGAUGCAGCCCCUAGUCAAAGCGAUCCCAAAGGCUCCGGGCCAUGCCCAGGGAUGGAUGUGGACAAACACCAGCCCCCACAUUGUUGAGUUCUUGCUGCCAUAGGCCCUGUGCCACAGGGACUUAUACACAGUCCCAUUUCAUGCCCAUACCUAUCGGGAGACAGGCUGGGAGAGGAGACAGCAGCUUGCUUACAGCAGGCGAGGACGGCUCCCAACAUCCACUCCGGGGCCAGCAGAGCUUUGUGAGCCGUGGGGGAGGCCUUCGAUUGCCAGAGAGGGUGGGGCCACUGUGAGCAAAAGCUACUCAGGCGGAGAGGAGGCACCCAGUCUCUAAGAACACACUGGGUGUGGGGCC